AUGCAGCGCGCUCUCACGUCCGCCCCCCGGGCAGUAGCUCGCUCGACCAACAGAAUACGACCCGGCUCGCUCAUCCAGCAGAGAUUUGCACACAAGGAGCUCAAGUUCGGUGUUGAGGGCAGAGCGGCGCUGCUGAAUGGUGUCGAGACUUUGGCGAAAGCUGUGUCGACCACCCUGGGACCCAAGGGCAGAAAUGUCCUGAUCGAGUCCAGCUACGGCUCCCCCAAGAUCACCAAGGACGGUGUCACUGUCGCCAAGGCCAUCACUCUCAAGGACAAGUUUGAGAACCUCGGCGCCAGAUUACUGCAGGAUGUCGCCAGCAAGACCAACGAAGUCGCCGGUGACGGAACCACCACCGCAACCGUCCUCGCCAACGCCAUCUUCUCCGAAACCGUCAAGAACGUCGCCGCCGGAUGCAACCCAAUGGACCUGCGACGCGGCACCCAGGCCGCCGUCGAGGCCGUCGUCGAGUACCUGCAAGCGAACAAGCGCGAUAUCACCACUUCGGAAGAGAUCAGCCAGGUCGCUACCAUCUCCGCCAACGGCGACACACACAUCGGGGCUCUGCUCUCCAGCGCAAUGGAGAAGGUUGGAAAAGAGGGUGUCAUCACUGUCAAGGAGGGCAAGACAAUUCAAGACGAGCUCGAGAUCACUGAGGGUAUGAAGUUCGACCGCGGCUUCAUCUCGCCAUACUUCAUCACCGAUACCAAGUCACAAAAGGUCGAGUUCGAGAAGCCAUUGAUCCUGCUCUCCGAGAAGAAGAUCUCUGCUGUCCAGGACAUCGUCCCAGCGCUCGAGGCUUCCCAGCAAAUGCGCCGACCUCUUGUCAUCAUCGCGGAGGAUAUUGACGGCGAGGCUUUGGCUGUCUGCAUCUUGAACAAGCUGCGUGGUCAACUACAAGUCGCUGCCGUCAAGGCUCCAGGCUUCGGUGACAACCGCAAGAGCAUCCUUGGCGAUAUCGCUGUCCUCACCAACGGCACGGUCUUCACUGACGAGCUCGACAUCAAGCUUGAGAAGGCCACCCCAGACAUGCUCGGCUCAACUGGCUCCAUCACCAUCACCAAGGAGGAUACCGUCGUCCUGAACGGCGAAGGCACCAAGGAUGCUGUCAACCAGCGCUGCGAACAGAUUCGUGGUGUCAUGGCUGACCCCACCACCAGCGACUACGAGAAGGAGAAGCUCCAGGAGCGUCUCGCUAAGCUCUCUGGCGGUGUUGCCGUCAUCAAGGUUGGCGGCUCCUCUGAAGUCGAAGUCGGCGAGAAGAAGGACCGCAUGGUCGAUGCUCUCAACGCUACUCGUGCCGCCGUCGAGGAGGGUAUCCUCCCAGGUGGUGGCACUGCCCUCCUCAAGGCUGCUGCCAACGCUCUUGAAAAUGUGAAGCCAGCCAACUUCGACCAGCAGCUUGGUGUGUCGAUCGUCAAGAACGCCAUCACCCGCCCAGCGCGAACCAUCGUCGAGAACGCCGGUACUGAGGGAUCUGUCGUCGUUGGCAAGCUCAUGGAUGAGUUUGGCAAAGACUUUAACAAGGGCUUCGACAGCGCCAAGGGCGAGUACACCGACAUGAUUGCUGCUGGUAUCCUGGAUCCUUUCAAGGUUGUCCGCACUGGUCUCACUGACGCAUCUGGCGUUGCAUCGUUACUCGGUACGACUGAGGUCGCCAUUGUUGAAGCACCAGAAGAGAAGGGCCCACCAGGAGGCGGCAUGGGCGGUAUGGGUGGAAUGGGCGGCAUGGGAGGCAUGGGUGGCAUGAUGUAA